AAGUAAUCUGCUCUUCCGCCGGAUCAGGACCGAAACUGAGUCAGUUAAGAGUCACAUUUCCUGGAAGGUCAAGAUUUUGAUUCAUUCAACUUCAAAGGAAAUUCGUAAUCAAUGUUACUAUCAUCCAUAUUGUUUAGGCUACCAUCAACAUACAAUUUGACAAGUAGCCUAUCUUUAAAUUCCAAUCCGUUUUCUGUACGCUAGGCCAUCUACAAACAGCACGUCCGCGAGAGGCCAGAUCUGUAAUGUUUCUAUCGUUAUGAGUAAUUUUAUUAGAUUUGAUAAUUGUAUAUAGGCCUACAUGUAUGUUGGUUACAUAUUUAAUCCCGGGGUCACUUGUGUUUAGCAUAAAUAAAGCUCUGGACAAGAGGACGUGACAAAUUUCAUGAACAUGGAGUGCACUUUAAUCGCCCUCUUGUGGUUGAAGUGGCAACUUGCAAGCAAUACUUUUUGAGAGCAAAUCAGGCUCUUAUGCCGAUGAGCCAAUCAUAUCCGUGGCGCACGCCGAUUACGUCAUCAUCCCAUUGGUAGUUGACUGUAUUGUAGAAGUUGUAUCUACCUGAGAUUAUCUGGCUGUAACAGUGAACUGCAAAUGAAAAACUCCUAGCACGACAAUGUUGCAGCCUGAGUUAAUACAACUUUUAAAAUGUGGCAAUAUUAUUAGCAUAGAAGCGAUUCCAACGUUGCCGGUAGAUUCUAAAUCGUGGCAGUGUAGAAGGUUGGAGCAGCCAAGUGGAGAUAGCGGUACAGAAGAAGCCCAUUCACCAUUUACUUUCGGUCCUCAUGGGAUUCAUCUCGGACAGGAACACGAAAUAUUUGAGGAUGGAGAUAUCCACAGACAUCUGUAUCUGCAGGAUCUCAGCAGCAGCACUGCAGACGCAGACGACUCGCCGAAGCUCAGCGUGUCUGCGUUUGGCUGCCACAUCUCAGGCUGCAACCAGGUGUUCAGCAGUGUUGAGGAAUACGAGCACCACUACAACUCCCUCCACAGGCACGUGUGUUGCUCCUGCCAGCGCUCCCUGCCAUCCGCCCGUCUCCUGGACAUCCACAUACAAGAGUGGCAUGACCCGCUCUUCACCAUCCUCACCCAGAAACAGGACAUGUUCCAGUGUUUAGUGGAGGGAUGUGAACUAAAGUUCAAGACUGGUAUACAGAGAAAAGACCAUCUGAUAAGGAUCCACAAGUAUCCUCCAGACUUCAGGUUUGACAAGGCCAAAAAGAACAGAAGAACCAAACAUUUGAAGAUCCAGCAGCCUACAGACAGAACUAUGGAGGUAUAUGACGGUGUAUGUGUGGUGGAGAGUGCAUGUGAAGGUGCGUGCAACAUGGCCUCAAUCCACCCAGAGGAGGGGGAGUCCAUGGAGGUCCCUCUCCCCCCGGAGGAGGCAAUUUGUCUGGUCACUGGAGCUACUUCUGGUCCCUCAGAGAUGAACACGGAGCAUCCUGCUGGUCCCCCCACCCUCCCACACGCCACGGAUCAACAGAAACCACGAUACUCCUACAGGGUUCCUUCAUCGGUGUGCUUCGGCAAGGGCUCUGUCCGUGGGUUUAGGGGUCAGGGAAGGAAGAAGUGACAAACCUGACCCGAGCUGGAAAAAAGAGGUGGGGUGAUCUUCAAUAUUUCACUUCGUAACUACUUGGUUAGUCUGAAAUGGGCACUGCUUGCAUGUACAGCUUUGUAUGAAGCUAAGGUUAAUUUGAUCAUUUAUCAUAGCUUAGAUUUUUAUCGAUUUACAUAUGGUGGCCCACAUUCUGGGAGAAGUAAUUAUUUAGAAAUAACUGAUUAUUCCUCAAUACAGUCAACUCCACAAACAGGCCUACUGUAUACAACUCUCUCAGUUCCAAAAUGUAUUAGUAAACUUCUAUUCUCCUUGCUGUUUUAUAGAGUAUGUGAUGAAGAAGCACUGAAGACCUACUGUAUACAACUCUCAGUUCUAAAAUGUAUUAGUGAGUAAACAAACUAGUCUCCUUGCUGUUUUACAGUGUACGUGAUGAAGAAGCACUGAAGAUGACACCAAAAUAACAUUUAAAAGUACCAGGACAUUUAGCUUAUUCUGGAAAUAUUUAUUCUACCCCAGUACAAAUGUGUGGAAUAAUUCAAACCCUUUUUGUAAUGUCAACCCAAUCUGAUCGUGUAUCUCAGUGAGACCAGCCUGUAUAAACAACAUUUAAUAAAAUCUAUGUACAGUUUUUGGUUACUGAACACUACAAUUA